CUGGUGAGGGUCUGUGAAACCCUCUCUCUUCCUCUUUUCACCAUUUAUCUGAUUUUUCCUGUUCUUCCAUUUCCUUGAAAUUGUUUUCCCUCCGGCGGUGGUUGUAAUUUCCGGCGACCAUAUCAUGUCGAGGUUUAUAGCCGGCGAUUAGCCGGGGACCCGACGGAUCUGGCCCACACGAAUGGCGUCGGCCCUCUUGGCAAGUCGAAAUGAACCGUCUUGGGGCGAACGCAAGGUUUAUAUGAGGAAAUACGCCAACACAGCCUCCAAUAAUUCUCUCCUUAAGCUCAACCCUAACCCAAACCCCAACCCGUAUCAGAACCCGAGCUUUAACAAGCAAUUCUAUGUGCCAACCCGGCAGAGUAAGGGGUCAGUGGCGCCGUCCGUGUCGGACGAUACGGCGUCGCCGCCUCGGAAAUCGAUGAGCCUAAACGAGACGAAGGAUUCGGAGUCACGUGGAGGCCACGUGACCUUCAAUCUCGCAGCCUACUCGAGGCAAGAGCUGGCGGACCUGAAGAAGCGCCUGAUCUCGGAGCUCGAGCAGGUCCGGAGCCUCUUGACCCGGAUCAACUCCGGAGACUUCGGGUCCCGGUCCGGACACCUAGCCUCCAAGCCUCCGCCUCUUAAGCUAAACGACGUUGUGGACUCAUCCAAGCACAAAGAGAAGAGGACGCCGAAGGCGAACCAGGCAUAUCCCUCGUCGGAGUUCCUUACCGCUGGGAAGACCAAGAAGGCGGCUCCGAAGAGCUCCGGCACCAAACGGCCCAACCCGUUCGGGUUGGGCAAAGAUCCGAAGCGGCCGGCACCGGACCACCCCGCGGCCGAGAAGCUCAACGCCAUCAUGAUGAAACGGUGCGUUCAGAUCUUGAGCAAGCUGAUGAAGCACAAGUUCGGAUGGGUCUUCAACACGCCGGUCGACACCGUCAAACUGGGGCUCCGCGAUUACCACCAGAUCAUCAAGGUCCCUAUGGAUCUCGGCACCGUCAAGUCCAAUCUGGACAAGAAUAUGUACUCUUCGCCGCUCGCUUUCGCGGACGAUGUGAGGCUCACAUUCAACAAUGCCCUAGUCUACAACCCUAAGGGCACCGACGUCAAUUUAAUGGCGAACCAGCUCUUAUCCAUGUUUGACGAAAUGUUCAACCCGGCGUACCACAAGUUCGAGGCCGAACAGCGCCGAGUUUUAACCACAUUCGAAGAGCCCCGGCCUAGGGUUUCGACUCAACAGCCACAGAGACUUGCAUCUGGUCCUGUGCCGGUGGCGAUUGCGAAGAAAUCAGAGGCAUUACCGCUGCCAGCUCCGCCACAGCCAAUGCCGGCUCCGAUUCCAGUUCCGGUUGCGAAGGCUAGGCCGUUGAAACUGCCGAAGCCGAAGGCUAAGGAUCUGAACAAGAGGGAGAUGAGCUUCGAGGAGAAGGCGAAUUUGGGGGUGUGUCUGCAGAAUCUGCCGCAGGAGAAGAUGGGGCAGUUUGUGCAGAUUAUUAGGAAAAGGAAUGGUCAUUUGGCGCAGGAGGACGAUGAGAUCGAGCUCGACAUCGAGACCAUCGAUACGGAGACGCUCUGGGAGCUGGACCGAUUUGUGACGUACCACAAGAAGACGAUGAGCAAGUUGAAACGGCAAGGGCUUCUCAUUCAAAACAACAGCAAUAACCAGGUUUCGGCUGAAACCCAGAUUGGAAACAAGUCUCCGGCGGUGAGCGAGACGAUGGCCGAGGCGGAGGCCAUUCCGGUGCAGAAGAGCAAAAAAGUGGAGGUUGGGGAGGAGUAUGUCGACAUUGGAGAGGAGAUUCCGAUGGGAAACUUUCCACCUGUGGUGAUUGACAAAGAGGACGCUACUGCUUGUGCCAGUAGUGGGUCUAGUAGCUCGAGCGGUUCAAGCUCUAGUAGUGAUUCCUCUUCCUCCAGUGAUUGUUAAUUCGAGCAUGUGUUUGCAGAUUCAGAUUCCGGGAGUUCGUCGGCCAGUGACUCGGAUGCGGACAGCGUGCAAUCACCGUUUGUUGAAUCGAAAGAAGCUCAGGGGACCUGAAGUUUUCAGUGUAGUAGGGAUUGGAUUGUGAGAUGACGGAGGAGAGGCUCAAGCUUACGGAGAAGAAAUUAGUGUAGACUAGGGUAGUGGGCUUCAGAAGUGAUUGUGGCUUUUUGUUUGCAUUGUUGCUUUUUGAUGGCUGAUUGGACAAGGGGCUGAAGAGGGAAACUGUGGGUGGGGGUUGCUUCGGUGUGUGGUUCUGUAAAAAGUAAAUGACGAGUUAGGGGGGGGAGGGGGAGCAGUAGUAGAUAGAGAGAAAAAUGAGAUAAAAAGCUUAGUUGAGAGAGAGUAGAGUAGGAGGAUGUAGGUGUAGGAUUUUUCUUAUUAUAUAGGUGGGCGACUGUAACAGGGAGGGAGGAGGAAGAAAUGGGCUUUUGGGAAGGGGGGAUAAUUUUUUGUAGCAUACAAAACAACCACAUGAUUUUCAGAGUGGUCAAGAAGAAGCAAUAGCAGAAAAACAUGUACAGUGAAGAAAAUCAUCUAAAACACAAGGCAAAUGAAUAGUUUGACCUCUUUACCCUUAUCAAAGCCUUAACUUUUACU